AUAACUUAAGUUCACACUUCUAAUCCACUCGCGUCCACACCAACCAAAGAAAAACGAAUCAAUUUGAGAGAGCAAUACAACCGAGACCGAUCGAUUUGUUUUCCAGUAUUUCACGAUGGCUCCUUCAGACGAUGAGCACUCGGGAAGCGAAACUAGCACCGGCGAGCCCGAUUCCGGUUCAUCGGUCGAAAGCGAGCGCAACGAGGAAUCAGAAACAAUCAAAAAGCCAAAGAAGAUUCACAGGCUCUCGCUAACGGAGACUGAAGACUUCAACAAGAAGCUAAAAAGGCGUGGGGUUAUUUACGUGGCCCGUGUUCCCCCCAGAAUGACACCGACAAAAAUCAAGUCACUGUUGUCAGAUUUUGCGGAGGUGACGAGGGUCUUUCUACAAGAAGAAGAUGCAAGCGUGAGAAAGCGGCGGAAGAAAGAAUACGGAAAUUCUGGAGGAAAGCGGUAUAUAGAGGGAUGGGUAGAAUUUGCCAGCAAGCGAAAGGCAAAACACAUUGCCGAAUCGCUCAACCUGACGCCAAUUUCGAAUCACAAGCGCAACCCUCACUUUGGUACGUUGUGUUUGUCGCUGUUCGAUGCUUUGAGAGAAUAUGGCAUCGCAAGUGCAAUCAUGUAUCCAAUUGUCGUUCUAUUUCAUGACAUUUGCUAACAAUAAAUUGUUUUGUUUGGUAUCUUGGUAUCCAAGGAACACUAUGGAAUCUCAAGUAUCUCCAUAAAUUCAAAUGGUCGCACCUAACCGAAAAAGUAGCAUACGAGCGAAGAGUGCGAGAGCAAAAACUAAGGGUGGAGAUGAUGCAAGCCCGUCGUGAAAAUGCGGCGUAUGUAGAAAUGGUUGAGACGGGCAAGAAGCUAGACAAGAUCGAAGAGCGAAAGAGAAAGCGAGGCGACGAAUCUUUUACGGUCAGCAGUACCAAAGACAAGAAGACGGGGGGCGAAAAACGACACAAACACCGUCAAAGGAAGCCCGUGCAAGAGGGCACGAGAGCAACCAAAUCAGCUAUUUUGGGAGGACUAUUGUAGUGUCAAAAUCAUGAUAAACAUAAAGAAAAGGAUUAGAG